CGAAAACAAGAGGGGCAGCAGCACGCCCACGGAUACCGAGCAAAGCGGAUUAAAGCGCCGCAGACAUGGCAGGGGAGUCCGAGGACGAGAUACCAGAAUCAGGAGCAGUUUUCACUUUUGGAAAGAGCAAAUUCGCCGACAAUGUCCCCAGUAAAUUCUGGCUUAAAAACGACGUCCCGUCAAAGAUCGCCUGUGGGGACGAGCACACCGCCUUAAUCACAGAAAAUGGGAAACUCUUCAUGUUUGGCAGCAACAACUGGGGCCAGCUGGGUCUGGGGUCCAAAGUGACGGUGAACAAGCCCACUUGUGUCAAAGCCCUGAAGUCAGAGAAAGUUGAGUUCGUGGCCUGUGGGAGAAACCACACUCUGAUCUCCACAGUUCAGGGGAAGGUGUUCGCCUCAGGGGGGAACAGUGAGGGUCAGCUCGGGCUCGGCGACUGCGAGGAGAGGACGGCCUUCCAGAGGGUCGCGUUCUUCGAUUCACGAGGGCCAAUCAAAAUGCUCGCUGCCGGGUCGAACACCUCCGCCGCUCUCACAGAGAGCGGUAAACUGUUCAUGUGGGGCGACAACACGGAGGGUCAGAUCGGUUUGGGGAAGGAGAGCCACGCCUCGUCGCCACAGGAAGUCAGCGUGGGGCAACCAAUCAGCUGGGUGUCCUGUGGGUACUACCACUCUGCCUUCGUCACAGUGGACGGAGCUCUGUACACGUUUGGUGAGUGUGACAGCGGCAAACUGGGCCUGGGCACCGACCAGCUGCCUCGACACCGAGUCCCUCAGCUGGUGAAGAGCGUCAAGGAGCCCGUGGUUCAGGUGGCCUGUGGAGGAGGACACACGGUGGCACUCACAGAGGACGACGUGUUCACGUUCGGUCUCGGUCAGUUCGGCCAGCUCGGUCACGGGACGUUCAUCUUCGAGUCCCGGCUGCCGCGGCCUGUCGAGCACUUCAAGAGAGGCCGAGUGUGUCAGGUGACCUGUGGAGAGAACCACACUGCCGUCAUCACAGACGGCGGCCUGCUGUACACGUUUGGAGACGGCAGACACGGGAAACUGGGCCUGGGAGAAGAAAACUUCACCAACCAGUUUAAACCGACUCUGUGUCCACGUUUCCUCAAGUACAACGUUCAGGCCGCUCCGUGCGGCGGCUGCCACAUGGUUGUGUUGGCUCGGCCGCGGGAUCCAAGCUGCGCUGACGUCACUCUGGAGGAAGACGACGUGACGGAAGAUUACCUGGAGAAGCCUUACGUGGAGCUGCUGGGGGAUACGACGGACUCCUCCACCCUGCAGAGGAGCCUCUCUGCUCGGGUCCGCAGGAGGGAGAGGGAAAGAUCUCCGGACCAGUUCGGCACCAUGUUCCACACGCUGCCCGCCAUGACGCCCGGCUACCUGCACCCGCCGCUGCCCGUCUCCAGCCACACCAUCCCGCCCAGACUGCCUCCACCUGAGCUGACCCACAGAAAGGUGCUCAAUGGCACUCACCAGGAGCAGACAGGAGGCGAGACAGACAGCGUUGUGGAGAGCCUGACUGACACGGACAGCGUUAAAGGCCUCGGAGAAACCACGGACUUCCUCAACAUGACACACGUGAUGAAGAUGGACCCCGGUGAUAAAACACUCACUUUGUCUCCAGUUCAGAAGAGGAAGGGUAAGCACGGUAAGACCACUAAAGGGCAGAGAGAGAACCCAGUGAAGGAGAGUAAGCUCAAGGCUGUGUCUCCUCGCCGUCCGCUACCCACGGAGCUCCUGAGGAGCCCUGGCGCUCGGUCUCUGGCUCCUCAGAGCCCACACAGACUCAGAACAACCAACAAAGAGAAUCUGACCAUGGAGGAGCUGCAGAGGAAGCCCAGUAAGAACAAACCGAGCGUAGGGGACAUUAGGAAGGCGGCGUCCAAGCAGCGGCUGAGGCCAGCUCAGGGGAAGAGCCAGCUGAUAGAGGUCGGCAGGAAGCUGGAGUCUAAACAAAGUCCUGAAACCAGGAAGAUGGUUGUUUCAGGCGCAGAGAAAGUGAAGCCGUCGAAACCUAAAAGCAAACCGAUAGCGGUGCGAAGUGCAGGAGCUAGCUCGCCACGCUCACCUGGGUUUCACCUGGGUGACGCUUUGGAUGACGAGAGCUCAGGUCGACGUCUCUCCGAGGUUAGAAAGAAAUCUAAAGACGCAGAUUUUUCUAAAAAGGCCAAGAAUGAGAAAAACAAAAAAGAGGCAGAAUCAAACAAAGAAACUUCGUCGAAGCUCGGCCUGCUCGCCGGAGCGGCCUCGCUUGCAGCAGGGUCGGUGUUAGUGCAUGAGGUGGCGUCCAGAAGCCGUUUGAGCUCGCCAUCGCUGUCCGAGAGCAGCCAUAGCGCCAGGAAAGACAGUACGACAAAGUCACGGAGCGAGGAGUCCGAAAGUGGUGCUGCGGAUGUUAGCAACAAGUCCGCUGUCAGCAUCAACAUCAUACCUGAUAGUUCUGAAGGCAGGACGAGUCAGGACGAGGAGGACACGAGUCAGGACAAGAAGGGAAGGAGUCAGGAUGAGAAGGACACAAGUGAGGACGAGAAGGACACGAGUCAAGACGAGAAGGACACGAGUCAGGACGAGGAAGACACGAGUCAAGACGAGAAGGACACGAGUCAGGACGAGGAAGACACGAGUCAGGAUGAGAAGGACACAAGUGAGGACGAGAAGGACACGAGUCAGGACGAGGAAGACACGAGUCAGGAUGAGAAGGGAAGGAGUCAGGAUGAGAAGGACACAAGUCAGGACGAGAAGGACACGGUUGAGGAUGACAAGGACACAAGUCAGGACGAGAAGGGAACGAGUCAGGAUGAAAGUGAGGAGGAGAGUAAGGACUCUACGACGGUCAAACAGGAGGAGGAGGAUGAAGAAGAUGAAGAAGAGCAGAGAACCAGUGCAGAUGUAAGCGAGGAAGAGGAAGAGGAGGAUGUCAGUCACAUCAAGAAAGUAACAGAAGAAGAAGACGAAGAUGAAGAAGACAGCAGCGCUCUUCAACCAGAGGAUGAGUCGGAAAGCAAAGCAGGCGAGGAGGCAAGUGGGGAUGAGGAGGAAGACAGCGCUGAGGAAGAGGAGAGGGAAGAGGAAGAGGAAGCAAGCGUGACGGCAGGAAGUGAAAGUGAAGACGAGAUUGAAUCAAAGGAGAGCAAAGGAGGUGAUGCUGGAGAGGAAGAGGAGGAGGAGGAGGAAAGUGAGGAAGGGUCGAGUCAGGAGACAGAGAGCAAAGGAGGAGAGUCUGAGGAAGAGGAAGAAGAAGAGGGGGAUCUGGAAAGAGAGGGUGAGGAGGAGGAGGAGGAAGGUGAGGGUGAGGCUGCUAAGUCGUCUGAGGAGGAAGAGGAGAGUGAGGUAGAGAGUGAGACAGAGGGAGGAGAAGAGGAGGAAGCAGAGGAGGGGGAGGAGAGUAGUGCAGCAGAGGAAGAGGAGGAGGCAGAGGAGGAGAGUGAAAAUGAAGAGGAAGAGGAGGAAGCAGAGGAGGAGAGUGAAAAUGAAGAGGAAGAGGAGGAAGCAGAGGAAGAGGAGGAAGAGAGUGCUAAGGAAAAAGAGAGUGAGAAGGAAGUGGUAGAAGAAGAAGAGGAGGAGGAGGAUCAAGAUAGUGAGGUCGAGGAGGCUGAGGAGGAAGAGGCUGAUGAGGAUGAGGAGGAAGAGGCUGAUGAGGAUGAGGAGGAUGAGGAGGAGGCAGAAGAAGAAGAGGAGGGGGAGGCGGGUGAAGAAGAAGAAGAAGAAGAAGAAGGAGAAGAAGAAGAGGAGGGGGAGGAGGGUGAAGAAGAAGAAGAAGAAGGAGAAGAAGAGGAAGAGGAGGUUGUCAAAAAGAAAAAGUCAGCUGAGGUCAGAAGCAUUAAGUCCAGAGGUAAACAGAGGUCAGGGGUCAAAGGUCAGGCAGCAGAUGAGUCAGAGGAGUUUUGGGACGACGUGCUGCCGCAGUACCUCAACCUGAAAUAACUCUAAUAAUCAACAUGAUCAUCUUCACCAUCGAUCAAUAUUUUUAUCUGUGAAACAUCAGGAAACAACAGAGCCCAGUUUCAAACAUAUACAUUCACACCGGCGCUAUUUGGUCCACUUUAAACGAACCCUGGUCCGCUUCCACGGAUAGUUCGGUUCGUUUGGAGUGGUGUGAACGCUCAUUCGAACUCUGGUGCAGAACCAAACGAGCGAAACCUUGUCCGCUUAAAAAACUGGGGGUCUCGGUUCACUUGCAAGUGAACCCUGGUGCGGUUCGCUUACAGUGGGAAAUGCAAACGGACUAUCCAGCGAACCAAAGACAGGAAGUGAACCAAAGAGAGGAAGUG